GGGAGUGGGAGAGUGGCGGCGGCAAAAAACUCAAAGAUCAGGCGCGCUGCGGCCAUCCCUACGGCGCGACACAGCUCAGGAAGGACCCCUCUCUCGCCCGCCCGCAGAGAAGCCGGAAGUGGGCAGGCCUAGGACGGCCAUGGGAUCCCGGUCUCGGUCCAGGGAACGGCGCCGGAGAAGAAGCCGCUCCAGGUCCGAAGAAAGGGAGAGCCGAAGGGAGCGGAGGCGAGAGCGGGAUGGAAGCUCAGAGGAAGAGAGCCAGAAAUGGCGGGAAAAGAGAGGAAAAAGUGAGGACCGCGGUGGCAAGAGACAGAAGAAGCGUUCCUCACGUUCCCGAGACCACUCCCCGAGCUCGGAUUCCUCUCCGGAAAGACGAGGGCGCAGCAGCGAGCGGAGGGGGAAGAGGACCCGGAAGCGCUCCGGCUCCCGGUCGUCAGUCUCCUCGGUGUCCUCGCCUUCGCCAUCCCGUUCCCAGAGCUCCAAGGGAGACGUGGGCGAGCAGCUGAGCCUCCAGGAGCGCCUCCGGCUGAAGGAAGAGAAGCAGACGCAGAAGGAGCUCCUCAAAGCCCUUGAGACCCCAGAGGAGAAGCGGGCGCGGCGCCUGGCCAAGAAGGAGGCGAAGGAGCGGAAGAAGCGGGAGAAGAUGGGCUGGGGGGAAGAGUAUAUGGGGUACACCAACACUGACAACCCCUUUGGGGACAACAAUCUCCUGGGAGCCUUCAUCUGGAGCAAGGCUCUGGAAAAGAAAGGGAUCGGCCACUUAGAGGAGAAGGAGCUAAAAGACCGGAACAAGCGGAUCCAAGAGGAAAACCGCCUGGAACUGCAGAAGGUGAAGCAGCUGCGCUUGGAGCGGGAGCGGGAGAAAGCCAUGCGGGAACAGGAGCUGGAGAUGCUGCAGCGGGAGAAGGAGGCGGAGCAUUUCAAGACGUGGGAGGAGCAAGAGGACAACUUCCACCUCCAGCAGGCCAAGCUACGGUCCAAGAUCCGGAUCCGUGACGGGCGAGCCAAACCCAUUGACCUGCUGGCAAAAUACAUCAGCGCUGAGGACGACGACCUGGCCGUGGAGAUGCACGAGCCGUACACUUUCCUCAACGGGCUCACCGUCUCGGACAUGGAGGACCUUCUGGAGGACAUUCAGGUUUACAUGGAGCUGGAGCAAGGGAAGAACGUGGAUUUCUGGAGAGACAUGACCAUCAUCACAGAAGACGAAAUAUCCAAGCUCCGGAAACUGGAGGCUUCUGGGAAAGGGCCGGGCGAGCGCCGCGAGGGGGUGAACGCCUCCGUCAGCUCCGACGUGCAGUCCGUCUUCAAGGGGAAGACCUACAACCAGCUGCAAGUGAUCUACCAAGGGAUCGAGGGCAAGAUCCUCGCUGGGGGGCCCAACCUCGACAUUGGCUACUGGGAGAGCCUCCUUCAGCAGCUGAAGGCCUACAUGGCCCGGGCCAGGUUGAGGGAGCGUCACCAGGACGUGCUGCGCCAGAAGCUGUACAAGCUGAAGCAGGAGCAAGGCGUCGAGAGCGAGCCCCUCUUCCCCAUCAUCAAGAAGGAGCCGCUCUCCCCGGGUGCCGGCAGCAGCGGCAGCAACAACAGGCUGGAGCCGGAGGAGAGCGCCCCAGCGCAGCCAAGCACCUCUUCCGCAGAGACCGGGGCGGCCGAGCCGGAGGCCGAGGCCAAAGCUGAGGGAGACGGAGAGGCGGUGCUGAUGGAGGAAGACCUCAUUCAGCAGAGCCUAGACGACUACGACGCUGGCAAGUACAGCCCCCGGCUGCUGACCUCCCAUGAACUGCCCUUCGACGCCCACGUGGUGGAAGCCGACGAGGACCUCCAGAGGCUGCUCCUGUCCCGACAGCAGCUCCAGGUCACAGGCGACGCCAGCGAGAGUGCUGAGGACAUUUUCUUCCGCCGUGCCAAGGAGGGGAUGGGGGCUGACGAGGCGCAGUUCAGCGUGGAGAUGCCCUUGUCGGGCAAGGCCUACCUGUGGGCUGACAAGUACCGACCCCGCAAGCCCCGCUUCUUCAACCGGGUCCACACGGGCUUCGAGUGGAACAAGUACAACCAGACCCACUACGAUUUUGACAACCCCCCGCCCAAGAUCGUGCAGGGCUACAAGUUCAACAUCUUCUACCCAGACCUGAUCAACAAGCGCUCGACGCCCGAGUACUUCUUGGAGGCCUGUCCGGACAACAAGGACUUUGCCACCUUGCGCUUCCACGCCGGCCCCCCGUACGAGGACAUCGCCUUCAAGAUCGUCAACCGGGAGUGGGAGUACUCUCAUCGCCACGGCUUCCGGUGCCAGUUUGCCAACGGCAUCUUCCAGCUGUGGUUCCACUUCAAGCGUUACCGUUACCGGCGGUGAAGGGUCCUGGGGCUUCCAACCCACCCCACGUCUCCGCCAGGGGGACUAAUUCUCCUAGCCAGCUGGUGUUGCAAAGAGGAAAUGGGCAAUCGGUGCUUG